GGCACCACUGGGGUUGCAGAUAGGCAGGGCCUUGGCUGCUCUCUACUCUGAUGGCUAACGUGGAGUUUUCCAGGCUCCUGUGUCCUCGCUGGCCUCUCAGGUUCUGUGGGGGGUGCCACAGGCAGCGCUACUCUGGGAAACUCACUGGAGCUCUGGCUAGACCUUGUCUCACUGGAUUAAUGGACCCCUGGGGUGUCCAUCAGCUUGGGUCCAGCUGGCUUCGGAGCUCUUUUUGGGUAACUAGACCCAUGGUGGGGGGAGAUGGGAAUUAACCAGUGAGCCCAGGGUGCACUCAGUACCUCCCCAGCAGCUGAGACCCCUCAGGCUGUUGUAAGAUGGGCCAGUCCACCCCAGCCAGUUGUAGUAUGUCCAGGGGGUCAGAAUGGGCACCAGGCCCAGUCUACUCAAACUGAACAAACUUCAUUACCCACUUGCCUGCUGCCAAGCAGACCCUCUCAGCAGCUGGACCUGCGUAGCUGCUGAUGAGUCAGUACGGCCCUGUAACUGGCAUAGAAGUUUGUUCUAAGUGUUUCCCCACCUGCCUGCUAUGUCCAGGGACUGCAGAGAGGGAGAUGUGAGGAUGGGUAGCCAAAAGAGGAGGGCUUAGAAAGUCCAAAGAUGGGGCGGGGGUCCUGCCCAGGGGGCCUGCUGCCUGCUGGCUGGCGUUGCUGUUGUGCUGGGAAGCCUCUGUGGACCGACCAGCGAGGGAAGAAGUCCUAGAGGUCCCACCUGCUCGCUCCCAUGACCAACAUGAGCUGGAGCUUCCUGACGCGGCUGCUGGAGGAGAUCCACAAUCAUUCCACCUUCGUGGGCAAAGUGUGGCUCACCGUGCUAGUGGUCUUCCGAAUUGUGCUAACGGCUGUGGGUGGCGAGUCCAUCUAUUCGGAUGAGCAAUCCAAGUUUACCUGCAACACGCGGCAGCCAGGCUGUGACAAUGUCUGCUAUGACGCCUUCGCGCCCCUGUCGCACGUGCGCUUUUGGGUCUUUCAAAUCGUGGUCAUCUCCACACCUUCUGUCAUGUACCUGGGCUAUGCAGUCCACCGCCUGGCGCGCGCCUCGGAGCAGGAGCGCAGGCGCGCCCUCCGUCGUCGCUCCUGCCCCCGGCGCGUGCCCAGGGCUCAGCUGCCACCGCCGCCUCCUGGCUGGCCGGACACCACGGAUCUGGGUGAGGCGGAGCCCAUACUGGCGCUGGAGGAGGAGGAGGACGAGGAGCCGGGGGCGCCCGAGGGCCCCGGGGAAGAUACGGAGGAGGAGCGCGCAGAGGAUGUAGCUGCCAAGGGGGGCGGAGGUGAUGGCAAAACGGUGGUCACUCCUGGCCCGGCCGGGCAGCACGACGGGCGACGGCGCAUCCAGAGGGAGGGCCUGAUGCGCGUGUAUGUGGCCCAGCUGGUGGUAAGGGCGGCCUUCGAGGUGGCCUUUCUGGUGGGCCAGUACCUGCUGUACGGCUUCGAGGUGCCACCCUUCUUUGCCUGUAGCCGCCAGCCUUGCCCGCACGUGGUGGACUGCUUCGUGUCGCGGCCAACCGAGAAGACGGUCUUCCUGCUGGUCAUGUAUGUGGUUAGCUGCCUAUGUCUGUUGCUCAACCUCUGUGAGAUGGCGCACCUGGGUCUCGGCAGUGCGCAGGACGCUGUACGCGGCCGUCGGGGAGCCUCAGCGCCGGGUCCUGGCCCUGCGCCGCGCCCGCCGCCCUGCGCUUUCCCAUCCGCCGCCGCCGGUCUGGCUUGCCCUCCCGAAUACAGCCUGGUGGUGCGCGCGGCUGAGCGGGCGCGCGCGCACGACCAGAACUUGGCUAACCUGGCCCUGCAGGCACUGCGCGAUGGGGCGGCGGCGGCAGCGGUGGUCGCGGAUCGGGACAGCCCGCCAUGCUCAGGGCUCAAUGCAGCCUCUCGGGGGGCUCCCAGGGCGGGUGGCCCAGCUUCCGGAACCGGUAGCGCCACGUCGGGGGGCACCGUUGGGGAGCAGGGCCGGCCGGGAGCUCAGGAACAGCUGACCACUAAGCCCAGGGCGGGCUCUGAGAAGGGCAGUACAGGCAGUAGGGACGGCAAGGCCACGGUGUGGAUCUGAGGGCACUGGGGAGAGAGCUCAGGGAGGGCCUGGCUUGAGGGGUCAAUGGAAACCUUUCUGUCCUCAACCGGGACCGCUGACAGACCCCCUAAGGGCUUUUAGAAGAGGAAGCUGAAGACCCUUAAGAGGCGCUGGCUCAGGUAUCUCCCUGCAGGAUGGGAAGGGGAGUCACCGGGGUCUUGUCUGUGGCCCCUGGGGAGGGGGGAGGGGGCAGAGCUGUGUGCCAGGAACUGACUGGCCCUCCAGGCUGUUAAGCAGAUGACCCCUCCGUCAUCCACUGGGUCUACCAGUCCUUCCUUUUAGGCUCUCCUGCAGCUUCCUCAUAGGAUGGAGAUGUCUGGCAUGAACCUUUUGGGGACUGUGCUUACCCUCACUGCAGGGGCAUAUAGGUUCCCCUACAGCCCCCUCAGCCCUUACAGAGCCAGGGAACUCCCAGGUCCGGGACAAGCAGAUAGAUAGCCUUCAUCUACUUACUCCCAGCUCUUGGCUCCCUGCUUGAGGCAACUGAAGGAGGCCGGGGCAGAGUACAGCCUCCAAUCCCUGAGCUGAGGUAGCCUGGCAUGGGCCAUUUCUAGGACAUCCUGGAAGUUCUCUCAUGCCUUGCUGCUUAGAUCCAUAAGGCUGUGGUCCAGGGCUGUGGUUUUGGCCAUGUUGGAAAAUUAGAGCUCUGGGGAGCCUGUCCCUAUCGUUUGUGCCCUUCUCCCUGUUUUAAAGCCAACUUCCAGAACAAAUGAAGAAAAUAAAACUAACUUUUUGUUUACA